AUGGGUCUCAUCACCGGUCUCGUAUCAACCGUCGUCCACGUCGCCGCCGGCAGGAACCCAUACGGCCACAACCACAACAAGACAAACCAGCCCGUCGUCACUACCGCGGCCAGCUACACAGCGGACCGUUCCUCCGAUGCCAACUGCGGCUGCAGCAGCGGGCACAACGGUCAGCCCUGCGGCAUCUGCGCUGUCGUGCUUCCCUUCGGUAAGGGGCGUCAGCAGAAGCGGGAGCGGAGGGCUAUGAAGCACGCUAGGAAGGACGCUCUGAGGGCGCAGCGAUAUGCGUAUAGGAGAUACCCUGAGUAUGCUCCGGGAUACAUGGCCGUGGGCGCGGAUCAUCAUCAUCAUCAUCAUCAUCAUCAUCAUGAGCAGCAGUGGAGGACGCAUCACGCAGGCUCGUCUGCGAGACAGGAGGGGUUCGCUGGGGACGUUGAGCGGGAGAGCGGGCGGAGGGCGUCGACUGGGGACGAUAUGCCGCCGCCCGCGUACGAAGAAAGGGAGGCAUCGCAAGUUCCUGCUAGAAGAAGUGUCGAGGUUUUGAGGAGUGAAGAGGUCCAGCGUGGCCAGCAGAAGGCCUAG